UAAAAUUUUUCUAUAAAAAAGUUAAUUUGUCGAAAAAAGAGAUAAGAGAAAAAUGGAGGGAGGAACCGAACCGUUGUUAUCUCCGGGGACACCUGUCGCCGGGCGCCGUGGACGGCGUCUGAGUCGGAAAUACUCAGUGAACUCACUGAGAAGCGACUUCUUACUUCGAUUACCAGAUAAAGUCCGUACAACUAUUGAUCUAGAAUCUUUAUCUCCUUCUUCUAAAUCAUCACUUUCCCUGACUCAAGGUGAAAAGGAAUACUAUGAAAAACAGUUUGCGACAUUGAAGUCAUUUGAGGAAGUUGAUGCAAUUGUAUCGUCUGACGGAAUUGAUGAAGAAGAUUUAGAUGAACAGAUGCAACAGGAAAGAGCUAUGAAGAUUUCUAAUUAUGCUAAUAUUUUGUUACUUGCAUUUAAGAUCUUUGCUACAGUAGAAACUGGAUCAAUUGCCAUAGCUGCAUCCACACUUGAUUCGUUACUUGAUCUGAUGGCUGGUGGUAUUCUUUGGUUUACUCACUUGUCUAUGCAACGCGUUAACAUAUACAAGUAUCCUAUUGGUAAACUGAGGGUGCAGCCUGUUGGAAUCAUUAUCUUUGCUGCAAUAAUGGCUACACUUGGUUUUCAGGUACUUAUUCAGGCUGCAGAACAAUUAGUAGAACAUAACCCUCCUGAAAAAAUGUCAUCUCUUCAGUUGUUAUGGUUAUACAUUAUCAUGAUAACCGCAUCAGUUGUUAAACUUGUCUUAUGGGUGUACUGUAAAAGUUCAGGAAAUGAGAUCGUUCGUGCCUAUGCCAAGGAUCAUUACUUUGAUGUAGUAACAAACGUUGUUGGAUUAGUUGCUGCUGUUCUUGGCGAUAAAUUUUACUGGGGGAUUGAUCCUUUCGGCGCUAUUAUUCUUGCUGUAUAUACAAUUAUAAACUGGUCCGGAACUGUUCUGGAAAAUGCUGUUUCAUUAGUUGGUCAAUCUGCACCUCCUGAAGUCCUGCAAAAACUUACUUAUCUUGUUACAAGGCAUCCUGAAGUGAAGCGAGUGGACACAAUCCGGGCAUACACAUUUGGAGUUCUUUACUUUGUGGAGGUCGAUAUUGAGCUCCCAGAAGAUCUUUUAUUAAAAGAAGCUCAUGCAAUUGGAGAAACACUGCAAAUUAAGAUUGAAAAACUUCCUGAGGUUGAACGUGCUUUUGUCCAUCUAGACUUUGAAUGUGACCACAAACCGGAGCACAAUGUUCUGACCAGACUUCCCAACAGUGACCCAUGAGGAUUGAGGAUCUUUUUCGGCUCAUGGGAUGGUUUACAAAGCAAAUGUUUAAUCCAUUUUGGUAAUUAGCUGUUAAUAUACAGAAGUAAUUGUGUUUUGUUGGGCUCUGCUAAAAGGAGUCUCGAAUUUAACAAGAAGAGAAGUGUAAUUGUGUAAACCUCAUUUGUUCAUGUAAAAUUAUCCUUUUCGGUAUAUCAUCAAUAAGUUAACGAUUCUCUUA